AUGUUCCUUUUCUAGCUUUAUGUGAUUCUCAUUCCUUCUCUAAAUGUGUUAAAGUCACCAAUCCAUAAACAAAGCAUCCAAAGCCCUUUUUUUUAUGCUUUGUUUGAUUCUUCAAAAGUGCUUCAUAUACACAAAGUAUUGAGUGAAACCGAUAUAGAAGAAAAUGAAUGAUUGGGGUGCUCCACUCAUAGCAGCAGCACUGUUUGCAUUUCUUCAACCAGGUUUACUGCUGCAAAUCCCAGGGAAGCAUCAUCCUAUUGAUUUUAUGAACAUGAAGACGAGUGCGGCUGCCAUUUUUGUGCAUGCAAUUCUAUUUGCUUUGUUCAUGAUAUUGUUCCUUGUUGUUCUUCAUGUUCAUCUCUAUAUCUAAAUCAACAACAAACGGGGUUUUUCUCAGGAAAGUUUGUGCUACUCACUCUCUUCACUUGUGAGUUAUAUUUGUAAGUCCUAAUCAGUAUUUUUCUUUUUUGGUUGGCAGAUUUUCUGUUGACAAUAUUCUUUGAUUUUGAACUUGUUAUGAAAUAAACAGUAGCCUUCAAUACUUAAUAA